AAUAGGGGCAUUCAUACAGCAUUUGUAAGCAAAAAUUAGUGCGGUGCGGAGAAAUAUUAUUGCGAAAAAGCCGCUUUUGCUUCCAGCUACGUUAGGAAAAGGAACAGGCAGACCAACCAGGUUGCAAACAAGACGGAGUGCAGCAUUUCACCCAUCGCAAACCAGUUUUAGCAGACUCUGCGACAGGACAAAAACGAAGGCGAGAGCACAAUGGACACCUAUUUGUUUGAUGGCGGCCGCAUCACCAAGAUGGAGGUGGACUACGAGCCGGCCUGCAACGAGAAAAUCCCCCUUGCCAAGGAGCUGGCCAAGAAGAACCCCGACGCCUUCCACGAAGCCAUCGAGAUGAUGCUGCAGCUGGAGAAGCAGACGCGCCUGGGCGCCGACAUGGUUUCCUGCUCCCGCGUCCUGGUGGCCAUCUGCCAGAUUUGCUUCGACGCCUCCAACUGGAACGCCCUCAACGAGUACGUGUCCCUGCUGGUCCGCCGCCGCUCCCAGCUGAAGCAGGCCGUGGUCAAGAUGAUCCAAGAGUGCGUCACGUACGUGGACAAGACGCCCGACAAGGAGACCAAGCUAAAGCUGAUCGACACUCUGCGCUCGGUCACCGAGGGCAAGAUCUACGUGGAGAUCGAACGGGCCCGCCUCACCAAGAUCCUGGCCGACAUCAAGGAGGCGGAUGGCGACGUCGCCGGAGCUGCCACGGUUAUGGAGGAGCUGCAGGUGGAGACCUACGGCUCGAUGGAUAAGCGCGAGAAGGUGGAGCUCAUCCUGGAGCAGAUGCGCCUCUGUUUGUUGAAGGAAGACUACGUGUCCACGCAGAUCAUUGCCAAGAAGAUCAGCAUAAAAUUCUUCGACGAUCCGAUUCACCACGAUCUGAAGCUGAAGUUCUACUACCUGAUGAUCCAGCUGAACAGGGACACUUCGUUCCUAAAGACUUCGCGUCAUUACCAGGCCAUUGCAGAGCCGCCGCGCAAGAAGACUGGCCUCACACCCGUGGACUCCGCCGCAUCCACAGAUGAGCAGAAAAAGAAGGACGAGGACAAGAAGAAGAAGGAGGACGAUGACAAAGACAAGAAGCCAGAGGUCGCCCCAGAGCCUGAGGUCGAAAUUGAGCUUACCGAGGAACAGAAGAAGGAACUGACGGAAAAGCUGGUUUGUGCCGUGUUGUACUGCGUUUUGGCUCCCUUCGACAACGAACAGAGCGACAUGAUGGGCCACCUCUCGAAGAACAAGAAGCUGGAAGAAGUCCCAGCCUACAAAGAAAUUCUGCGCUUGUUUAUGUCAAAGGAGCUGAUCAACUUCGACACAUUUAAUGCAGACUUUGGGCUCGUGCUAGCAGAGAAUGAGAUGUUCAAGGAUAGCACCAAGCACGGCAAGAAGUGCAUUACCGAGCUCAAGGAUCGUCUGAUAGAGCAUAACAUUCGCAUCAUUGCCAUGUACUACUCCCGCCUACAUUUGGCGCGCAUGAGCGAGCUGCUGAACCUGCCCACCAGCCGCUGCGAGGAGUACCUGUCCAAACUGGCCAACAGUGACACCAUCCGCGUAAAGAUCGACCGUCCCGCCGGCAUUAUUUACUUCACCCAGAAGAAGAGCGCCUCGGACAUCCUGAACAACUGGGCCACCGACGUGAACCAACUGAUGUCUCUGGUCAACAAGACCUGCCACCUGAUCAACAAGGAGGAGUGCGUCUACUCGGUCAUGUGCGCUGUCGAGGAAUAGUCCUGUUCAUUAUGGCCGCCUAGAAUAGUGUUUUCCCUUUGAAGCGCCUGCCCAUACGCAACUGUAUCUGUACUAACCACCCUACCAUCAACAUUUCGAUUCUCUUCGCGAAGUUUGUAUUCAUUGAAUGAACUACAAUAAUUAAAAGAAAACCCCUCUAAAUGUCCAUUGCAA